AUGAAGACGACGACGACGAUGAAGAAGAAGAACCUGUUGUUCAGGAAGAGACUCCCGAGUAGUCAAAGUGUUCCUGAAGACAGAAAAACUAAAACUGAAACUGUGUCAAUAACACAAACAACUUCAUCUACAGAAGAUGAUGAUGGAUAUGAAUUGGAAGCUGAAAGCAAGAUGAAUAAUUCUUCAAUUUUGGAAAAUUUGGAGGUUGAACAGAAACAUCUGAGUGUUGAACAAGAUCAGUUACUUGAUAAUAUUGGGCGAGCCAAGUUUGUUUCCGAGAUAGACUUGUUGAAGGGAUAUCAUCAAAUUCCCUUAGAUGAGAAUGCUUCAUUGCUGUCAGCUUUUAUUACUCCUUUUGGACUGUAUCAGUAUACUGUCCUGCCGUUUGGCCUGAUGAAUGCACCUGCAACAUUCCAACGAGUGAUGGAAGGAGUAGAUGUAUGGAUUCGAAGUCACCAUUUAGAAAAUGGAUUUUCUAGAGUUGUGUUGACAGUUGUUGAUAAAGGCUGA